AUGCCCUCGUGUUGCAUAAUACAGUGUAGUGCAAGAAAAAGCAAAAAUCUGCCUGAAUUGACCAUUCACAGGUUUCCAGUAAAUAAAAUUUUAAAGAAAAAAUGGCUAUCUGUUAUUGGCACUGAAAAUAUAAACCCCCGACAUAAAAUGUGGUAUGUCUGCUCAAUGCACUUCGAGGAAUCAUGCUUCAACAGAACUCUCGAUGUGACAAGGUUACAUGACAAUGCAGUGCCCUCAUCUUCUCUUAUAAUUUCCGACAAAACAAGCAGAGCUGUUUUGCGUAAAAAACAAAAUAAACCAGAGUCAUCCUGUCCAAUGGAGUGGGAUGUGCCUGAUGAUAAUUUAAUCGAAAAUGCACCUGUAAAGGUGUCAGAAUUGAGCGACAUGUCUGAUAAUGAUACAGACUGCGAAAUAGAAUAUCUUGACGAAGAUGCUGAGAUUGUCCAACAAUGUGUUCAAACUGUAGAAGAAGCUCUUGAUCCUGCUCCUGCUGCGCCGGCUAUAUUAAAAGUUCCAUUGCUAGUUGAGCGUAGGCCAGUUGGAAAACCUAAAAAAAAGAGGAAAGCAGAAGAAGAUUCUGAUUAUGAACCAUCUAAAUAUUCACCUCCCAGAACUAGGAAGAGAAAAGGUCAGAAGAUACUGCGUAGCACUCAGUUAAAACCUCAAAAGUUUGAAUCGCCACCUACACACGCUAAAUUGGAAAGUAAAGAAUAUGUUCCGCCCAAAGUCACGAAGCCUCUCGUUCAAAAUGAUGAGUUACCGCGUAGCCAACUUGAUAUACGUAUUCCUGACUAUGAAGAUCCACUGUGUUUGCCCGUACGUGCCAUUACAAAGGACGAAAAUGACAUGAAAAAAUUAAGGACAUGGAAUAAUUUGUGCUUGGAGCACCUUAAGCGUAGUGAUGCAGCUUUAAGACUGGAGACUGGUGAAACUCAUCUAACUAAAAGAACAGUCGUCCUUAGGAAUGUAAAUAACAAACAGACAGGUAAAGUAGAAACAACAAUGUGGAGUAAGAUACAGGUAGAAAACAAGAAAGGUGAUAAAAAGUCAGAAGUAGUGCAGAGUGUUCUGCCAAAGUAUAGGGAGAAAAAGCUGUUGAACUCUUACAACUUCAUAGAGGCAAGGAGACGGAAGCCGUUUCAUCAUAUCAAUGAAGUAAUCCUAACAAAAGAAGACCAUAAGGAUGGGGAGAGGUUAAUUGUUUAUAAACCGAAAGAAACUCUUUCAUUGGUGUACAAAAUGCUUGAAACAAAUAUUGACGGCACUGAAGAAGAAAAAGACGAAAAUGAUGAUGAACAGAAGAAAUUCUUGAAGGAGGUGGCGAGCUGCAGAGUUUGUGCACCCUGCUACCAGAUGUCCUGGAGAGGAUUCCGCAAGAAUGAUAAAAAGAUAAGGUGCCAGAUCUGUUCGAGGGUUUGUCUCAGUGUUUACAAUCUGCUGUCCCACCUCAAAAGCCACACCGCGGAAGACAUACUCAAGCACAAGAAGCUGAUAUCAAUGGCUUUGUCUAAGGUGGUUGAUUAUCACUACAAAUGUCGCAUUUGUCAGCAACAGUUCCCCAAUAUCAAGGAAAUGAGAAGUCACGUGCUCACACACCGCGGUACAGAGCCAUUUGUUUGCGACAUCGGGAGUCAUCCGGCGACUUAG